UUUUAUUCCUGGAAGUUAAAGAAAAGGAAGGUCAUUUUAGUGCCUUACUGAUAAAGAUUACAGAGUCACAAAGAUACAAGCUCUAUCUACAAUUUAACAGUGGCAUUCAGAAUUUGUUCUAAUACCAGGCUCGCUGGCAGGCUAGCCGGCCGGAAGAUCAGACAAGAGUGGCAGCAGCCAAAGAGGAUCAGUGAAAGGCAGCCGACGGGCGGGCGGCUUGGCCGGCUGGGACGCAGGACCCCUGCUCUUCAGCUGCAAUGGGGUGGCUGGAAGACCCAACCUGGCAGAUUCACGUUCACUUUUCUUUGCUUGUCCUGCUGUCCAUGCACACAAGGGCUAAUUUCCUUGACAAUAUGCUUUUGCGAAGUUCGGCAAAGUUGAACGUGGACAGCAAGAAGGAAGACGGUGUGAUCACAGCCCCUACCCCUCGGCCAAAGGUCUUGCAAUGCAAAUGCCACCAUCACUGUCCUGAAGACUCCGUCAACAAUAUUUGCAGCACAGAUGGCUACUGUUUCACUAUGAUAGAAGAAGAUGAUUCUGGGAUGCCUGUGGUCACUUCAGGAUGUCUAGGAUUAGAGGGCUCAGACUUUCAGUGCCGGGACACUCCUAUUCCUCACCAGAGGAGGUCAAUUGAAUGUUGCACAGAACGGAAUGAAUGCAAUAAAGACCUUCAUCCUACACUGCCUCCAUUGAAAAAUCGAGAAUUUGUUGAUGGAGCCAUACACCAUAAGGCCAUACUGAUAUCUGUGACAGUCUGUAGCUUCCUUCUGAUCCUUAUAAUACUAUUCUGUUAUUUCAGGUAUAAAAGACAAGAAGCUAGACCUCAUUACAGCAUCGGACUGGAACAGGAUGAGACUUACAUCCCUCCCGGGGAAUCUUUGAAAGAUUUAAUUGAGCAAUCUCAGAGCUCAGGAAGUGGAUCAGGGCUCCCUCUGCUGGUCCAAAGGACUAUAGCUAAGCAGAUUCAGAUGGUCAAACAGAUUGGAAAAGGUCGCUAUGGGGAAGUUUGGAUGGGAAAGUGGCGUGGUGAAAAGGUAGCUGUGAAAGUGUUCUUCACCACUGAGGAAGCCAGCUGGUUCAGAGAGACAGAAAUAUAUCAGACCGUCUUGAUGAGGCAUGAAAAUAUUUUGGGAUUUAUUGCUGCAGAUAUCAAAGGCACAGGGUCCUGGACCCAACUAUAUCUCAUCACAGACUACCAUGAGAAUGGGUCCUUGUAUGAUUAUCUGAAGUCCACUACCCUAGAUACGAAAGGAAUGUUAAAGUUGGCCUAUUCUUCAGUCAGUGGUCUAUGCCACUUACAUACAGAGAUCUUUAGCACUCAAGGAAAACCAGCAAUUGCUCAUCGUGAUCUGAAAAGUAAGAACAUCCUGGUGAAGAAAAAUGGAGCAUGCUGUAUCGCUGAUCUGGGAUUGGCAGUUAAGUUUAUUAGCGACACCAAUGAAGUCGACAUCCCACCCAACACUCGAGUUGGCACCAAACGUUACAUGCCGCCGGAGGUGCUGGAUGAGAGUUUGAAUCGGAACCACUUUCAGUCCUACAUCAUGGCUGAUAUGUACAGUUUUGGCCUGAUUCUGUGGGAAAUCGCCCGGAGAUGUGUAUCCAGUGGAAUAGUAGAAGAAUACCAGCUUCCCUACCAUGACCUGGUACCCAGUGACCCCUCCUAUGAAGAUAUGAGGGAGAUUGUGUGCAUCAAAAAACUCCGUCCAUCCUUCCCCAACAGGUGGAGUAGUGAUGAGUGUCUGCGGCAGAUGGGGAAACUCAUGACAGAAUGCUGGGCCCACAAUCCUGCAUCACGUCUCACAGCCCUGCGGGUUAAGAAAACCCUUGCCAAAAUGUCAGAGUCACAGGACAUUAAACUCUGAUUGAAGGAAGAAAGUAAACAUCUGGAGAUGGCCAACACGUAUUUUUCCUUUUGUUGGUAAAGCAGAAGAUGUUAAAGAUGUUUCCAUAGUACAAAUCUUGAAUAACAUUCUGCUCCUGAGCAGGAUCAGGCCGCUUGCUCUCAGGGAUAACCCUGGACAGAGAGCGACAUUGCCAAUCACAGGCUCGAGGGGCCUGUUUGCAGGAAGGGAAGACCACUUGGGUAACUGAUGCAAAAAUGAUACUUGUUGCUUUCUGUGAAAGUCUUGUAUUUGGGGAUUUUUAAAGAAAAAAAAAUACUUUAAUUUUUUUUUUCAAAAUAAAACACAGUUGUAAACACAUAUACUGUUGCAGUUCAAAUAAAACAUGAAGGACAGUUAUCCAAAAAUGAUGCCUGCAGGGAAAAACAGAAUCACUUUAUUUUCCAUUUGUGAGAAUAUGGCAUUCCAAGCAAACCUAAAAAGAGUCCGUGAGGUUUGAGAAGUUGUAAUAUAUCUUAAAAGCCACCUGUCUCCUGCCUCCAAAGACCACUUUGCCUAGCACCAGAUGUGGGGAUUUCUCUUGCCCAGGUCAGCGUCCCCAGCUGAUGAGUGACCACGUUUUCACAUAUCUGCAGAUGGUCUUCGGCAGUUUCAUAGAUUAUGAAACCAUUACAUCAAUGUAAUUUGUAGGUAUUGAGGCAAAGUAAAUAAGUGGCAUUGUUAUUGUUCAGAAUAAAACCCUCCUCAGGUUUCUGAUUCUGUUAGGCAAUUACUAACAAAAGCACCCUCUUUUCAUUAAACCCAAACGAAGAUUUUUAUUUUAUUUUAUUUUAAUUGUGGAAGUGGCUGAAUACUUCAGUGCAAAUUUAGUUCUCCCUGCAGGAAAGAUCAAUAGUAAGUGAAACUCGAAUGAAGAGAAGGUGCAUUGGAAGGGAGAUUUUACUCUUUGUUGUUGAGAAGGCAGAGCAAAUAUGCUGUUUCUUUAUAUGUGUAUAAGAGCCAAACCUAGAAGCACAAGAAUGAAUGUCUCACAUGGUGUAUUUCUUAUCAGUAAGGGGAGGGAGUAGCCAGGGAGGAGUUUGUGGAGUUAAAUUAAUGGGAUUCCAUCUAGAAGUAUAGAAAUACAGUCUUCCAAAGGGAUAGCAGAAAACUUAGGAAUGCCCCCAAUAUGAUGGCUGCUGGGAUUUCUUCCUUUGGUACAUGUAUAUUUUUUUCUACAUCCCAGGGGAUAUUAUAGUUAUUUUUAACUUCACAUUCAGAAUGUUGCCCUGGUUUAUUUUAUUUUAAUUGUUUUAAUCUGUUGAGGUGCGGUUCACUUUUUAAUUUAUUUCUUCCUAAGGCAUUUUUCCAUUUACAAAUCGUCUCCGAAACUUUGGGGUCUUUAUCUUUUGAGUUCCAUGAAUAAUGUCAUUAUCAGAGCCAGUACUUCUCAGAAAAAAGCCAGUAGAGCUUUCUAAAAUUAAGUUUUAGCCAUCCUCCCCAACUCAUCAGAAUUCUCUCUUUCCAUGAUUUUCUUAGAAAGAGAAUAAUUGGGAGAAAUGGUAAAGUCCUAGGGUUUUAGCCAUCUUCUAAGACAGCCAUCCCAAGAAGCUCUAGGGGGCAGUGUGAUGUCAUGCCGUAGAGGUAUUCGCCAGGGGCUUCACAGAGACAAAAGAUUUCUAAAAACUUGGCAACUGCUUAAAAAAUCAAAGAGAAUUUUUUUUUUUCUACAGCUCAUGAUUUGUUUCUUCCAGAAAAUAAAUCUUCCAAAAGUAGCUGUGAGGUCUGCUUACAUGCUGGUGGCAUUGCACUAUGUUCAAUAUUUUGUAAUUCAUUGUU